GUUUGGACAGCGGGUUGUGGGAGGAGCCAGAGGCGUGCGUAAGGCUAUAAAGAGUCAGCCUCAGAGUUCAGCCUGCACACCUCCGACCCUCCUGAACGCCUCCGUUUGACACAGUGUGAAAGCCAGGCCAGCUGCGCAUACAAGGAACUAGGAACCAUGGUGAAGCGUGUUGCAGUUAUUCUCUCAGGCUGUGGUGUCUAUGAUGGCAGUGAGAUCCACGAGGCCUCUGCUGUCCUCGUCCAUCUGAGUCGGGCUGAAGCAAAAGUGCAGAUGUUUGCUCCGAAUGCAGAUCAGAUGCAUGUUGUAAAUCAUUGUGAGGGGAAACCCACGGCGGAGAAAAGAAACGUCUUACAGGAAAGCGCUCGCAUCGCCAGGGGUGACGUGACUGAUCUGGCCAAGUUGGAUGUUUCAGCUUUUGAUGCUGUCAUCAUUCCAGGGGGCUUUGGUGUGGCAAAGAACUUGAGUGACUGGGCAGUGAAGAAUAAGGACUGCAGCAUCCAACCACAACUUGAAAAGGUCAUCAAGGAGUUCCACAAAGCCCAUAAACCGCUGGGCAUGUGCUGCAUCUCCCCCAUCCUCGCUGCCAAAAUCCUGCCAGGCUGUGAACUCACUGUGGGGCAGGACAAAGAGUGUGAAAAGUGGCCGUAUGCUCAGACAGCAGGUGCAUUGAAGGAGUUGGGCUGCAAACACGUCAACACGGAUGUGGACAAAGCACACGUUGAUGUCAAAAAUAAGCUGGUCACCACCUGUGCGUUUAUGUGCAAUGCUCCCUAUCACAAAGUGUUUGAUGGAAUAGGAGUCAUGGUUAAAGAGACACUGAAACUGGCUUAAGAUGUCUUUAAUUACACACUGGGUGUUCAUUUACUUUUAAACAAAUUGUGAUUUCUCUAUAAGUGUGGAUUUUUUUUUUUUGAUCAACUUAUAACACUGAUCUCUCAGUAUAUAUCGGAUGUUAUAUCCUUAAUGUGUUUUGAGAUUUUCAAUAAAAGUUAAUCUACAAAUUA